AUGAUCGCUGCCGAACCUCAAUCACGCGAACAAAUCGAGAUCCAUGUGAGGUAUUUGAUGGCGGCUUCUGGAAUCACUUCGAUCAUUGUCAACUUAUAUGGAAUUUAUCUAUUAAUUUAUUAUCACGGAAGUAUGGAUUCCUAUCGAUUCCACCUUCUUUAUUUCCAAAUGACGUGUCUAAUAUUUGAUGUAUACUUUUCGCACUUUAUGGUCCCGAUUCCAUUAUUUCCGAUCACUGGAGGUUAUUCGAUAGGCAUUUUGGGCCGAUUGUUUCGGUUGCCGACACAUUAUCAAAUGGUUGCUGCCUUAUGGUUUCUUGGCAAUACGAUUACGUGCAUAUUUGUUAGUCUUCUGAAACGCCAUCAAGCGGUGGCGAAAAUUGAGCAGAAGAAUCGAAUGCAUCAGAUCAUGGUGAAGUUCUCAAUUUUAUCUUCCAACACCGCUCCCGUUAUUGGCACUUUUAUUUAUGCAUUAUCCGAGCCCGAUAAUUAUAUGAAGCGCAUCAUAUUAUCUAAUAAAUUUCCAAACUCUCUCUGGGUUCUUGAUAUUCCAACCGUCGUGAUUUACGAUAUCAGCUUCAAAACGAACCCAAUGUUCACAUGCAUUGUUUAUUCUGUUUUCGGAGGGUCGGCGCUCAUUAUGAUAUCUUAUAAUAUCCUUUACUUUCAAUUAUUCGUAAUGUUAAAUUCUGUGAAAACAAAAAUUUCUCAAAAAAAUUAUAAGAAGCAUUUCACCGCGGUUAUUAAUACAAUACUACAGAAUCUCGUUUUCUUCAUUUUCUACGUCAUUCCAGCGAUCAUUCUAUUUUUGGUAAUUUAUUUCGAAUUCGACGCGACUUAUACCUCGAUAUUUAUGAUUUUCGCAUUUUCUGUUCACUCAACAGCCAAUGCGAUUGUCGUUAUUGCGACAUUUCCAACAUUCCGACGGGCAUUCAAAAUAUCACGAUUCGCGAGAUAG